GGGGAGUGCUGAGAACCAAAGGGUCCCUCCAACGCCGGCAGCAGGCAGCAUGACUUGAUCGCCCCCAUCCCGCGACGUCCCUACUCUCCAGGCGCCCCCACCCUUUCCGGGUGCGCGCGCACCAGCCGGCGAGCUGGGGAGCUGUGCGCCGGGCGGGCUGCGGGCGGCGGCGGCGGCUGACAGGCUCACGGGGAGCGGGGUGGCCAGGGGUGGUGGAGGAGGAGCUGGCGCUGCAGCCGGUCCCCUGGGGCCGCGCCCCGCCCUCCGCCGCCACCUGCGCGUCUGCUCCAGGCUCUCCAGCCCCCGGGCGGUGUGGAAUCUUGGUGCCGCAGCGACGGGAUCGCUGCGUCCGCCAGUUACGAGACUCGGCGUUUGGCUCUUCGGGUCGCGGGACGAGCGGCGCUGCUUGUUCUGGGGAGCGGAGGGUGCGCCGGCGCGCGUCCCUCUCCGCCGCGCUCCCCGCGACGUUUUAGGAGGGGUCAGCGAACUGCUGUGACUUUUGAGGUCCGAUUCCUCCUUCCGACCAGCCUCCCGACGCGCCAGCUCGGAAAGAAGCCAGUGUGACCCACAGGCCCCGAAAGCCCACUGCGUGGGGUUAGGACUUGGAACGUGUCCGGGAGCCCGCGGCGCUGUGCGCGCUGGUGAGUUUGGCGGCAGGGUCGGGUGUUCCCCGGCACAAGGGACGGAGAGGACGUCGCGCUCCGCCCGGUCUCCCGUCCCCAGUGUUGCCCCCACUUUGAGAGUGAUUGAGACUUGAGCGUGACUGCGGAGCCCUGAGGAUGCGGGCACCGGGCGCCGGCUUUCCCUCUGUCCGGCGAGAUGGAGUGGGUUGGUGAGCGGAACAAAGACGCCGGCCCGGAGGAGCGGGUCCUCGGCUGAAGGCCACGGGCCGCAUGCCGCGACGGCCGCCUGCGGACUAGGGUGGCGGCUGUGCAGCCCGAAGCGCGGCGCACUCUCCAGCGGGCGGGCGGCGAAGCCCGAGCCGGCCACCUGCGCUCCGCUCCCGUCGCUGCGCCGGGGCAGCCCUGCCUGCCCGCCCGCCGGCUCCGGACGUCCGUCGAGCCCUCAGGCCGGCUCCCGGGGGCUCGAGGGCCACCAGCGAACCACUUGCCGGUGCAGGGGAGAGACUCCUGACCCCUGGCCCUUCACCGAGAAGCCGAGGCGCCGGGACGGGACCGCGCGCCGUGGACUGAGCAGGCACCUUGGGGACCACUUCUGCAGACCAGAGGCUUCCUUGUGAGCGGCUUCGCUCUCCCCCUGCCCGCCCCGUCCUUCCAAUCGUCUCCGUUGCCCGAGCAUCCGCGGUGUGGGGCCGGGAGCAGUGGGCUCCUCGCCGUCCGUCCGGAGUGUGAGGCUAGCACGGCCCCCGGCUGCCCCGCGCCUCGCCGGAGCCCGAGGGGGCGCGGGUCCGGGGCGAGGGCCGGCGGGCGUGUUUGAUGGCUUCACUGAGAAGAGUCAAAGUGCUGCUGGUGUUGAACUUGAUCGCUGUGGCCGGCUUCGUGCUCUUCCUGGCCAAGUGCCGGCCCAUCGCGGUGCGCAGCGGGGACGCCUUCCACGAGAUUAGGCCGCGCGCAGAGGCGGCCAACCUCAGCGCGCACAGUUCCAGCCCCAUCCAGGAUGCGGUCCUGAAGCGUCUCUCGCUGUUGGAGGACAUCGUCUACCGGCAGCUGAAUGGCUUAUCCAAAUCUCUUGGGCUCAUUGAAGGUUAUGGUGGACGGGGCAAAGGGGGCCUUCCUGCUACCCUUUCCCCCACUGAGGAAGAAAAGGCCAAGGGACCCCAUGAGAAGUACGGCUACAAUUCCUACCUCAGUGAAAAAAUUUCCCUGGAUCGUUCCAUUCCAGAUUAUCGUCCCACCAAGUGUAGGGAGCUCCAGUACUCCAAGGAGCUGCCCCAGAUCUCCAUCAUCUUCAUCUUUGUGAACGAGGCCCUGUCGGUGAUCCUCCGCUCAGUCCACAGUGCCGUCAACCACACGCCCACACACCUGCUGAAGGAGAUCAUCCUCGUGGAUGACAACAGUGACGAAGAGGAGCUGAAGGCCCCCUUGGAGGAGUACGUCCACAAACGCUACCCUGGUCUCGUGAAGGUGGUGCGCAAUCAAAAGAGAGAGGGCCUGAUCCGAGCUCGCAUCGAGGGCUGGAAGGUGGCCACUGGCCAGAUCACUGGCUUUUUUGAUGCCCAUGUGGAAUUCACUGCUGGCUGGGCUGAGCCGGUUCUAUCCCGAAUCCAGGAGAACCGGAAGCGAGUGAUCCUACCAUCUAUCGACAACAUCAAACAGGACACCUUUGAGGUGCAGCGGUAUGAGAACUCGGCUCAUGGGUACAGCUGGGAGCUGUGGUGCAUGUACAUCAGCCCCCCGAAGGACUGGUGGGACGCCGGAGACCCUUCUCUCCCCAUCAGGACACCAGCCAUGAUUGGCUGCUCCUUUGUGGUCAACAGGAAGUUCUUUGGUGAAAUCGGUCUUCUGGACCCUGGGAUGGACGUGUAUGGAGGAGAAAAUAUCGAACUUGGAAUCAAGGUAUGGCUCUGUGGGGGCAGCAUGGAGGUCCUGCCUUGCUCACGGGUGGCACAUAUUGAACGGAAGAAGAAGCCAUACAACAGCAACAUUGGCUUCUACACCAAGAGGAAUGCUCUCCGGGUUGCUGAGGUCUGGAUGGAUGAUUACAAGUCUCAUGUGUACAUAGCGUGGAAUCUGCCACUGGAGAAUCCAGGAAUUGAUAUAGGCGACGUCUCUGAAAGAAGAGCCUUAAGGAAAAGUUUAAAGUGUAAGAAUUUCCAGUGGUACCUGGACCAUGUUUACCCAGAAAUGAGAAGAUACAAUAACACCAUUGCAUAUGGGGAGCUUCGCAACAACAAGGCAAAAGAUGUCUGCUUGGACCAGGGGCCAUUGGAGAACCACACAGCAAUACUGUACCCAUGCCAUGGCUGGGGACCCCAGCUUGCGCGAUACACCAAGGAAGGCUUCCUGCACUUGGGAGCUCUGGGAACCACCACGCUCCUCCCCGACACUCGCUGCCUGGUGGACAAUGCCAAGAGCCAGCUGCCUCAGCUCCUUGACUGUGACAAGGUCAAGAGCAGCCUAUACAAACGCUGGAACUUCCUCCAGAACGGAGCCAUCAUGAAUAAGGGCACAGGGCGCUGCCUGGAGGUGGAGAACCGUGGCCUGGCUGGCAUUGACCUCAUCCUCCGCAGCUGCACAGGCCAGAGGUGGACAAUUAAGAACUCCAUCAAGUAGUGGGCAGGAGCUGGGGCCCCUGGAGUCCAGCCUCUGGGACAGGGUCUUCUGUCUUCUGGACCAGCCACCCUGGUGGAGAGACAGCAAGAAGCCAGCAGGUGCUCAUGGGCUUGGGGGCCUCUCCAGGGCAGCACAGGGCCCCAGGUGAAGACUUUGCAUUCCCAUCAGGCAUUCAGCUGCCAUGAGGCUCAUGCACCCUGGAAAAGCCCCCCAACCCUUCUCUGGGAACCCAGGGGCCAUGUCUCCUGCAGCCUGAAUGUGGACCUGGUACCAAGGAGGGAAGCAUCCGCAUCUCUUCAUCGUCUUCCCACCUCCAGUCAGGACAGGGACUGGCAGGGUUUCCUUUCCCUUGUCUCUCCUGCAGCAGCAGCCUCUGAAUUCCACCCCAGCCCUCAGCAAGGUGUUAUGGUGGGGGUGGUGCUCAACCACAUCCUAGCUCUGCCUCCUUGGAGAAGGCAGUGAAGCCCUGAGACUCAGUUUCCCUCGAGGUUGCUUCUUCUCAGAUGCCCAUGCACAACCCCAGACAGUAUCCACCCCAAACCUUUCCAUCAGAGGGUUUUGGAGGUGUCCAGUCUGGAUUUUUCUGGACCCUCCCUGUGAUGGCCUGGAAGGAGCUAAUGCUUCCAUGGGCCCCUUGGCAUCAGACUCCUAUGUGCCUGCUGCCUGCACUGGAGGGAGCCAGAGACAGUAGGCUGAGCAUGCUGGUGGUCUCAUCUGGGAGAGGCCCCAGCAACCAGACCAGUGCAGCUCUGCCUGCCUGGGAACCAGGAAGCCCUGAUUCACAGAGGCUGCCACAGGUGGAGCAGCAAGGGGCCUCCCCCCGGAGCUUAAGGACUGAAGGCAGCAAAGCAAAAGGGAUGAGGAUCCUUAAGGAUGCUCUGUGCUCAUUUCAUUUCACCCCAUGCUUUGCUGGCUGACAGCAGAAGGCAGUCGGUUCCUCUCUGACUCUGACUCUGAAGAGUAAUAAUUUUUUUUCGAUUGCCCUCUGGUUAGGGUGCAGUUACAAAUCAGAGUUAAUAUAUGGACCUGGGUGCAUGUGCAGGAGUGUGUGGGCCUGUGUGGUGCCCGUGGCUGGGCAUGUGUGGCUGCAUGUGUGUGUGUGCAUGUGUACCACGUGGCAGGUGUGUCUGGGUGUGUGCUUCUGAGUGCAUGGUAGAGUGGGUAUGGAAGCGUGACCUCGGGCUUGUCGCUUCAUUGCUCACCUGGAUUGGGAGAAGGUGUCUGAGAAGCUUAUGGUGUUGGCCACAUGUCUGUAACCAGAGGACGCAGCGCAGCCUUGCCCCAUGUGGUGCCCCAGAUGAGAGGAUUCCCUUCUGCCUGUUCCCUCUCUCCCUCCUGCUGCCCCCACAGGCCCAGCCCUGACCAGAACCGGCUCCUGUAGUUGCCCAAUUUGGGGUUCACAGUGUCUGAUUUGGUGGCAUCUUAUUGGUGAUCAUCCCUCCUCAUCUCCCCCUUGUGAAAUAAAUACAUGUGAGCCUUC